AUGCAAUCCUACCCGCCUAACGGCACAGGCUUCGAAGCUAGCCGCACGUCGCUCGGCAGCGACGAAGAAUCAAACAAGAAGGGUGGCGCCACCGUAGUCGACAUGCGCGACAUCACACGGACACCGAGUCCGACCCCGAGCGAGAGCGAGGAGCUCAAGAAGACAAAUCUGAUAGACUGGAAGGCAAUGGGUCGCUGGAAGUUCUGGAUCCGCCGGGAGUGGCUCUGGUACUACGUAAUCUGCAUAUUCGGUCUCGUCCUGGUGAUUCUAUUCACAGUAUUUCACGACAAGAUUGUUCGGUGGCUGCAACCCGCUGCCAAUUGGAUGCAUAAGCUACCAUUUGGCUGGCUCAUUCCCAUAGCCAUCCUCUUUGUCAUCUCCUUCCCUCCGCUAUUCGGACACGAAAUCAUUGGCAUUCUGUGUGGUCUCGUGUGGGGUCUCGGAGUGGGCUUUGCCAUCGUCGCCGUUGGAACGUUCCUCGGCGAAGUGGGUAACUUCUAUGCGUUCAGGUACUGUCUCCAUGGCCGUGCCGAGAAAUGGGAGCGUACAAAGAUCAUGUACGCAUGCUUAGCAAAGGUCGUUCGAGAGGGAGGCUUCAAGAUUGCGUUGAUUAUACGACUGAGCGCGAUCCCGGGUCAUUUCACAACUGCUGUGUUCUCCACGUGCGGUAUGAGCAUCUUUACGUUCGCGAUCGCCGCGGUGCUCUCUCUGCCAAAGCAAUUUAUCACGGUGUAUCUCGGUGUCGCAAUGGAACAAUCAGAGAACGGCGGCGGUAGUCGCACCGACACAAUCGUCAAGGACAUUGUAAUCGGCAUCACGGUCCUCAUCACGAUUGGUGCCAUGUGGUACGUCAACACCAAGCUGAACCAGGCGAAGCCGGCCGUCAUUUACGAGAAGCGCAAGGCCCGCCAAGCCAAGCUCAUGGCUGAGGCAUACGCGAAGGGAAAUGGGUCUUCCAUGUCCGUCACGUUCAAUCCGAACGUUUCUGAGGCAGAGAUCCCCCUCACCGCACACGCCGCGUCCUUCGACGGCUCCGCAUACCAGCAGUGGGACGAGAACGGCCGUGCUGUGGGCUACGCUCCCGACCCGAGCAUAUUCGUCCCCGUCCCGCGCCGC